UGGAAACCAAAGAAGUCGUCAACUGUACUCCUAGGGAAAUACCGGGAGUCGAUGACCUGUGUUCUCGAGGCGCGAGGCGGUACGGAUGCAGCUGGGAACCUUACCACGUGAGGCACAAGCAAGACUAUUCGCCAGCGUCAUGGCAUCACAAACCACUGACGCCACUCCCGCCGUUGCUGAACAUCAUAAACCAGCCGACGGAGAAGACCACUCCAAACCUAUGGAAGAGUUCACCAUUGUGGGUGGCGUUGUUCCCAGAUCUUCGCGAAAGGCAAAAGUGCAAGACGAUGACGAGCCAUUAAUCGACACCACCGUGGCAAUUCCCAAACGAAGCAAGAAGACCGAAAGGGCGCAGCGACGUCUCGCGCAAAAACAGCAGAAGCGGCCACAUACAGCAUCACUCUUAGACCUUCCCGCCGAACUCGUGGAGCACAUUCUAGGCUUUCUUCUCCCCAGCGACAUCUUCCGCCUGCUCUCCAUCAACCGCUCCAUCCACGACUUUAUCAAAAUCAACGCCAACGCCAUCGCUCGCGACAUCAUCCACCGCCGCUUCUGGGUCCUGUCUCGCUGCUUCCCUCUCCCCGUUCCUUUGGAGAAGGUCGACAGCUCCGCAUACUCGGCGCUGCUAAGCGAGAAGCGCGACAACAUGCUCCGCAUCCACAAGAAGUCUUAUCAGCACGUGAAGGAGAUUGACCCGCUUCGCGUCUGCACUUGCCUCAAUUGCAUACUGGCGUGGAACGAUUUAAACUUGGUUCUUGAUUUGGCGCACUGGCAGGAUUCGCUGGACAAGCGGGAGCCUAUCACUAUGAUCAAGCGUGGCACGCAUCCGGAUUGGAACCGGAAAUUGCUGGAGGCGAAUGCUGCGAUUGUGGAAAAGGCGAUGGAAGGGGACUUAUUGUGCUAUGCCAUGAUAUUCCAAAAGCAUUUGCAUAGCACGACGCGGACGUUGCUUCGCACCUAUCGCGGGAAGAAGACGGUGCACCCCAAACGACUGUAUCACAUCACGGCUGCAGAUGCGGCGAAAGGUGAUGAUGAGUUUCUCGAGCGGAGUGGACCUCCAUCGCACGAAUUCCCGUAUCAUCGAGACAAGUACUACGACUUGGAAGCAUACAUUCCUAAUCGAAGAUGGCUCAAGGAUCGUGCAGAGUGGACUUACUACGCCAAAGGCUUGCACAAUGCCGACUUGCAGUGGAUUAUUGACCGCUUCUCGCCGCAGGAUCCCAAUGAUAACGUGAGCAAUGGGGCUGUCAUUGAUCCAAAACGGCAUGUAGAUGUUAAGUAGAUAUCACUGGCAUGAACGAUUCUAUUCCGAAAUGCGGUGGAGGGCUGAAGUCCAAUCGGUAUCACGUGAAAGGGGCUGAGUCAUGCCGUCUACGCCAC